GCAGCCUUUGAAACUCUGUAAUCAAUCUGGAAGUGGAGGGUUAAUAUUUGGACACACAGAGAGAGAGAGAGAGAGAGAGAGAGAGAAGGGAAUGAUGGGGGAGUCGAAACCUGGUAUUAACGUGAGAUGUCAUCACUGCGCAGGUCCUCUUUCAAAGGAGAUGGAAACCAGUCGGUGGACUGUUGCCCCGCUCAUCAGGGAUAGCUUUUCCAUGAUUGGUUCUGCUGUUGGUGGUACAACAAGUGCAUUUUAUGGAUUCAACCACGUAAUGCCAAUAGUCCGGAGGUGGGUAAAAGGCCCUAUGUGGUUGCAUUUUCUCAUUGGUGCACCCCCCGUGAUAGUAUUCUCUUCAGCUUGUGCAGGAUUGGCAGGUGGAAACAAAAACCACUUCUGUACUGAUAUUGGCAAGGUGAUACUAGUGAUACCACAAGGUAGUCUUAGGGGGUGUUGUGAAGAUACUGUCGCGACUUCAUAUUGAUGCUGGGAAAAGUAUUGAUGCUCUACAAGUGCUUGCGUUGGCUAGAUAAGAUGUAUUGCUGAGUUGUAAUCCUCUGCUGCAAUUGACAUUUGACACUACAGGCAUUUUUUCAUUUGUGAUCCGUGGUUUGGUUAUGUUGCAUUUACUUGGAGACAAUUGUUGAGUUUUUGUGAAGACUAGGAUCUCUAAAAAGUGGGAUUGCUGUGAUUUUAAUCGUCCUAGAAGCCAUUAUUACUUUAUCACUGUUUAUGCUGCUUGCACCAAGGGAUCUGUAAUGAAACUGUUAAUGAUAAUAACA